CCCCUACGUCGCGCGCAGGUCCGAGACAGGUUGGAGGAAAACAAAACUCUCGCGAGAUGCCAGAGGUGGAACUUGGCCGGCAGCGCCGGGACGGGAUUGGUCCCGGCGUCUCGCGGAGGGCGGCACGGGGGAAAAUGUCAGGGUUGUGGCGUUCCAAACCCGGGCUGAUCCGAAGGGUGCGUUGUUAGGGAGAGCCGUGCCGGCGAUGAGAACCUCGCAGGAUCCGCAGGGAGGUGCAAUGGCGUGGUCUUUUCUCAUCUGGAAGAGAUGAGUACGGAAGAUGCUAUACGGACCCGAUGACAUGGUAAACGUAGCCCGGUUGAUGGGACUGCGCUCCCGAAGUAAGUAAGUGUUCCUUAUCCUUCCUAGAAGGGCCACGCAAACUUCACCUCGACCCUCGAAGGGUUCUGAAGAUGUCCUAAAAAAGUCACGCCAGCGGUUCUCUGUGGAACGAACUCUGGCAGCGCGGGAGUCUUGUCCCUGUAAUCCUGUGUCGUCAUCUGCAGAGUAAAACGAAGGACACACUUGCUCAUCAAUGCAGAGGACAGCUGCGAGUCAACAACGACAACAACAAAAACCUCGGACUGGUAGCUAUUCUUGGUUGUCAACUUGACUAUAUCUGGAAUGAGCUACAACCCAGAAAUGGAGUGCACACCUGUGAGAGAUUUUCUGCUUGGUUUGAAGUAGAUGAAUCCACUUGGUUCGAGUGGCAUUGGAGCCUACUUCUGGAUUCCAGCAUCUACUGAAGACGAUCUGAGACAUCCAGCCUGUGGGACUGAGAAACUACUCAAUUCUUAGAUUUUCUGUUCACAGUUAUCCAUUGUUGGAUUAGCUAGACUGCAGCAUGUAAGUCAUUCCAAUAAAUCUCCACAUAUAUAAAUGUAUAUAUGGAUUUAUAUAAGUUGGAUUUAUUUCAUAUAUAUAUAGAGAGAGAGAAAGAGAUUGAUUCAUUCCAUAAGUUAUGUGACUCUAGAGAACCCUGACUAAUACAGAUGUUGGCACCAGAAGUGGUUCUAGAAAAACAGAAGUAUAAGAAUGAAUCUUUUAAGGAUCUGGAAUAGUCUUUUGAAUUCUCCAGCACCCUCAGCUACUGAAGCCUCUCCAGUCACUCCCUCUCCUGGGAGCUUGGAGAGUACUGAAAACCCAUGGUGUCAACUGUAUUACAAACUUAGAGAGAUAACUGUAUUUGAUUAUCCUGAUUCACCAAUUGUAAGCGGCAAUGGAUUUGGUAACCCUGUAUAUGAAACUUUUGACAGUUUGGGGGAAAAUAAAGAAUAUAAUGCUGCUGGUUGGUUGCUCUUAGCAUCUCUGGAUAAACUGAUAAAGGAUAGGAAUCAGCUCAGUGAUAAAAUUAACCAACUUGAGAAUAUGGUGAAGGACAACAAAGAGCUUAGUGAUAAAAUUGACCAGCUCCAGAUGCUCAUAAACAGUCUAAAGAUUUCUAAGUGUGCCCUGGAAGAAAAUCAUCUCUCCAGCAGCCACAGAGCUCAAAUUGUGGAAAAUCAAACCGAAGCUCUCAUGAUAAGGUUACCUGAAUUACAACAAAAAUUCAAGACUCAGCUUCGGAGGGUAUCAGCAGUUAAAGUAAGGGCGGUAAUUGGUAAAGAAUGGGAUCCUGUAACUUGGGAAGAGGAUGUGUGGGAGGACCCUAUUGAAGCUGAUCAAAACUUUGAACCCUUAGAUUCUCAAGGGUUUACCUUACCUGAGGAAGUAGUGCCUUCAGCACCACCCCUUGAAAUACUGCCCUGUUCACCUGAGGAAAUGAAUCCUUCGGUGUCUGCUAAACCAGCAGUGUCUUUCUCUGAAGGAAAUGCCAGGCAAGACAGUACUGAUGUCUGUCAGGGCCCACUAAUAGUUGCCUCUAGACCGGUAGCCAGACUUAAGGAGAAGCAGGCUCCUAGCGAGGAAGUGGAAAAUGUAGUCCAUGAGGAGGAGCACUACACUGCCAAAGAGCUUAAUGAGUUUGCUAAUUCAUUCAAGCAGAAGUCUGGGGAAUACAUGUGGGAAUGGAUUUUAAGAGUGUGGGAUAAUGGUGGAAGGAAUAUAAAACUAAACCAAGCUGAGUUUAUCGAAAUGGGCCCUCUGAGUGGAGAUUAUAGGUUUAAUAUGGAAGCUCGCACAGUUCAAAAAGGUGUCAAAAGUUUGUUUGAAUGGUUGGCUGAAGUGUUUGUCAAAAGAUGGCCUACUGAAAAGGAGUUGGAGAUGCCUGAGAUCCCUUGGUUUAGUGUUGAUGAAGGGAUUUUAAGGCUCAGGGAAAUUGCAAUGCUAGAGUGGGUACGCUGUGUAAAACCGAAUCCUCCACAAUGGGAAGGCCCUGAAGACAUGCCCUUCACUGAUCCUAUAAGGAGAAAAAUGGUGAGAGGGGCACCGGCAUGUUUAAAGAGCUUUGUUUUAGCCCUCUUCCUUGUGCCAGACCUUCGGGUUGGAGAUGCUGCUGCUCAGUUGGACGAAUUAAAUGCAAUGGGUUUAGUUGGGCCCCACAGUAGCAGGGGCCAGGUGGCAGCACUGAAUUGUCAAAGGCAAGGUGAUCAUAGUUAUGGGGAUGGGCAGCACGGACAAAACAGUAUUCUUGAUAGCCUAGCCCAUGGUGGUCAGCAAAGGCAAAGUGAAUUUUAUGGUGGCAUGACUCAUAUGGACCUGUGGUACUGGCUAAUCACACAUGGUGUUUCCAGGCAAGAAAUAGAUAAGAAGCCUACUGCAUUUCUGUUUGAGCUGUAUAAGCAGAAAAAUUCUCAAACAAAUGAAAGAAGGGCUAUACUGGAUCAUGGCAAAAGACAAUCUUGGAAUCAAUUUCCAGACUUGAGCCAGUUUGCAGACCCAGAACCCCUUGAAUGAAGUGGUUGCCGGGUUCCCUUGAGGAAGGACCUUGAUAAACCACCUAAAAGUGUUACUGUUAGGCUUUCUCCAGUCCUUCCCCAGAGGGACCUACAGCCUUUGACAAGGGUGAUUGUACCCUGGGAAAAGGAAACAAUCAGACUUUCCAAGGUCUGUUGGAUACUGGUUCUGAUUUGACAUGGAUUCCAGGAGAUCCCAAGAAACAUCAUGGCCUCCAGUUUGAGUAGGGGCUUAUGGAGGCCAGUGAUUAAUAGAGUUUUGGCUGCAGUCCUACUCACAGUAGGUCCAGUAGGUCCCGGAGCUCAUCCUGAGGUUAAUUCCUCAGUCCUAGAGUAUCACAUUGGUAUACAUAUAUUAGAAGUUGGCAGCAUUGGUUCCCUGGCCUGUGGAAUGAAGAGUAUUUUGGUUGGAAAGGCUAGAGGGAAGCCUUUAGAAGUUGCCUCUGCCAAAGAAAAUAGUGAAUCGAAACCAGUAUAACAUAUCUGGAAGAACUGCAAAAAUUAGCGCCACCAUCAAAGACUCGAACAAUGUAGGGCUGGUGAUUUCCAGCACAUCUCCCUUUAACAUUCCUAUCUGGCUGGUGCGGAAGGCUGAUGGAUUGUAGAGAAUGACAACUGACUGUGGAAAAAGCAGUCAGAUACUAACUCCAGUUGCAGUUGUUGCACCAAGUGUAGUGUCCUUCCCUGGGCAGAUCAACACAUCUCCUGGUAUGUGGUAUUAAGCUACUGAUCCAGCAAAUGCCUUUUUCUUGGCCCCUGUUCAUAAGAAGCAAUUAGCUCUCAGUCGACAAGGCCAACAGUAUGCCUUUACAGUUUUGCCUCAAGAAUAUUAACUCUCCUGCCCUGUGUCAUAACUUACUUAGAAGGGAUUUGAUUGUCUGUCUCUUCCACAAAAUAUCACAUUAGUACACUUUAUUGACUACGUGUAAUGCUUCUGUUAGACCACCACCCACAGACUUACAGAAUGCCUUAUCCUCUGCCAUGGCAUACCACACAGUAUUGUUUCUGACCAAGAAAUGUACUUCAUAGCCAGAGAAGUGUGACAGUAGGCCCACGGUAAUGGAAUCCUACCAUGUUCCCCACCGUCCCGAAGCAGCUGGCCUGAUAGAAAGAUGGAACAUGCUUCUGAAAACACAGUUACAGGUGGUAGCAGCCUGGUGGGUUCUCCAGAAAGCAGUGAAUGCUUUGUAUCAAUGCCCAGUCUCUGUUUAUUGGACAGUUUGUGUGUACAAACUGGGGACAGUUUCUCCCAUAGCCAGGAUCCCUGGGUCCAGGAAUCAAGGGGUAGGAUAGGAAAUGGUUCAACUCACUAUCAUCCCUAGUGACCCACUGGGAAAUUUUUUUGCUUCCUGUUUCCACAACCCUAAAUUCUGCUGUCCUUACAGUUUUGGUUCCUGAUCAGGGGAGUGCUCCUGGUAGGAGCCACAGCAAACAUCCCAUUAAACUGGAAGCUCAAACUUCCCGCUGGUCUCUUUAAACCAGCAGGCUAAGAAAGGAACAGCAGUGUUAGGAGGGGCGAUUGCAAAUCACCCUGGGAAAGUGGAUUGCUUCUCCACAAUGGAGCUAAGAAAGAUUAUGUCUGGAGUGCAGCAGAUCCUUUAGGGCUUCUCUUGGUGCUACUGUGUCCUGUGAUUAAAUUCAACAGGAAAAUACAACAGCCUAAUCCAGGCAGGAUGACAAAGGGCAUACAGCCAUCAGGAAUGAAGGUAUGGGUCACUCCUCCAGGAAAAGAGCCAAGAGCUGUUGAGGUGCUUGCUGAGGGUGGAAGAAAAACAGAAUGGGUAGUAGAGGAAAGUAGUUUUAAAUGACAGCUAAGUCCACAUGACCUUGCCAAAAAAAAGAAGAAAGAGAAAUGAGGAUUAUAGUUGACAUGAAUGUUUCUGUUAUAUUUUGUUAAGAUACAUCUGUACAAAUAUUUGUGGGUUAUUUCAAUUUGUAUGUUAUAACAUCAAUUAAUAUCAAUGGCUAUCAUGUUUAAGUUUGAGGUACUAAAAGGAUAUCCCCCAAGGGACAUUGCCACCUAUUCUAAAUUAAUAAUGUGUUUGCUGUUGUACAGGGAUAUAUCAUCUUAGGUAUAAUUAUCACCUGUUUAAAUAUAUAAUGCAUUUGCAAUUAUACAUGGGAUAGUUAUGAUUGGUCAUUAUUAUGACCUGGUUAUUGUUUUCAUUUGGAAAUUAAUCGUGACCUAAGGAGAUAUGAUUGUGUGUCAGGUUGACAAGAGGUGGACUUGUGAUGACUAUUUUUGGUUGUCAACUUGACUAUAUCUAGAAUGAGCUACAAUUUGUCAGAGAUUUUUUCACUUGGAUUGAAGUUAAGUGAAUCUGUUUCUAGUCCGGACCUUUGAGGUAAAAAGACACACACCUUUGAUCCAGAUCUUGAGGCGGGAAGACACAGACCUUUAAUUUGGAUCAUGAGGGGGAAGACAGAAGCCUUUAAUCCGUAUCUUGAGAUAGGAAGACUCAAUACCUUAAUAUGGGCCACACCUUCACUGGCAUUGGAGCCCACUUCUUCUGGAUUCCAGCAUCUACUGAAGACCAUACUGAGACAUCCAGCCUUGUGGGACUGAACAACAACUAGAUUCUUGGAUUUUCUGUUCACAGCCAGCCAUUGUUGGAUUAGCUAGACUGCAGCCUGUAAGUCAUUCCAAUAAAUUCCCUUUUAAGAAGGACCACCUAGAAUGAAGUCAUACAAGCUCAGGCAGGCUGUCCCCACAGUACACCAUGCCUUGACCAGUUCUUCACCAGUGACCACCAACAUCAACAUCUUUUUUUUUUUUUUUUUUUUACCUAUAAUAAAACAAAAAGGAGGAACUGUGCCAACUCAUUAGAUAAAAUUAUCUCUUGCAUCCUAAGAGACCGGAACGUUUGCUGGACCUCACAGCCAGCGUUAGUAAUACACUCAAGGUCACUUAAGACUGCUGCCCUACUGUAUACUCUGCCUGUUCGUUUACUCUGCCUUUAAGAGAACAAUGUAGUCAUGCAUGUAUGUUUGUACUUGUGUUAUAAUAAUCAUUUGCUGGAAACACCUAAUAGUCUGAAAGCAAUCUUAUAAAAUAAAUAUCCGUAAGUAUUGAAAACAA